AUGAGCUCAUCAUCUGCCCAUCUUCGCCAAAUUGGCAUCUAUAGAAACCUUCCGACAUUCGACGAGUCUAUCGCGGGCCUCACAGCCAUUGUAACUGGAGCCAAUGGCAUUUCUGGGUUCAACACCAUGCGCGCUCUUCUCGACAGCCCUCAGCGCUGGGAGACCAUCUAUUGUCUUUCGCGCAGACCUCCCCCAAAUGAAAUGAUGGCCUUACUGUCGGAUGAAGCCCGGUCCCGGAUCAAAAUGAUUUCAUGCGAUUUCCUCGACGAUCCCACCUUGAUUGCCAAGAGCUUGAAAUCGUCAGGUGUUCGAGCUGAUCACAUCUUCUUUUACUCCUACAUUCACAAAGAUUGGUCUGAAGCUGAGGCUCUUGUCAAGAGUAACACUGCUCUGCUGAAAAACUUCUUGGAGGCUCUUGAGUUGGCAGACAUCAAACCUACCCGCUUUAUCCUUCAGACUGGCGGCAAGAACUACGGCAUGCAUAUCGGUCGUGCGCCUACACCGAAACUUGAGUCGGACCCGCAACCGAGGCAUCUUGCACCCAAUUUCUAUUAUCAUCAAGAGGAUCUUCUUAAGGCGUUCUGCGAAAGAACUGGCACAAAGUGGAACGUUAUCAGGCCUGCCGCGAUUAUCGGCUCGUCAACGCAUGCUGCAAUGAACACGUUCUACCGCUUUGCCGUUUACGCCGCGGUUCAGGCUCGAAAGGGAGAGCCGCUCGUCUUUGGAGGCGACUGGGAACAGUGGCAGUAUGAGUACUAUCAUUGCUCGGCUCGCAUGACGGGCUACUUGAGUGAGUGGGCUGCAUUGGAAAAGCCUUGCGCCAAUGAAGCUUUCAAUACCAAUGACGGUGGGCCUUUCACUUAUGAACGCUUUUUUGCCGAGCUGGCACGAUGGUUUGGUGCCAAGGGUGUGAUUCCGCCGCCAGAUGACGAUUCCAAGAUGGCAACUGUGGAAAUGGGAUGCGGGGGCAAGAAUUCUCCCCUGGGCUACGGGCCGCCCAUGCUGUCCAAGUCGAGCUUCUGCCUCGGAGAUUGGGCCAGAGAUGAGAGAAAUGCCGCCGUAUGGAGGGAUAUUAUGGAGGAAUCGGGAGGCAAGAUCACAAGUAAUCCCUUUGACGACAUUGAGUCCUUCUCCUUGAUGAAGUGGGCAUAUCACCGGUUUGGCAGCGUAUGCUUGAACAAGGCAAGGAGAUUUGGGUGGACAGGCUUCGUUGACACCAUGGAGAGCAUCUUUGAGAUGUAUCAGGAGAUGGGUCAGUUUGGCGCCCUUCCGACGAUGCAGGUGGAGUCUGCGCGCCCGCUGUGUUAG